AUGCAGUCCCAAAUAUGGGCGUCCACGAUUCCUCUUCACAUAACGCAUCCUUCCUCUUCGACACCCUACCUGAUUCAGAUCCCGCGACUCUCCUACCUCCCGCUACUUCUACCCCGCCUCACCUCAUUCUUCGGCCCCGCGUCCAGCUUCUCCUACGAGGGCAUACUGCUCAAGAACCUUCCCGUGGGCUUGCUGUGUGAUCUGUACCAGCCCUCGUUACCAUGGCAUCUCACACUUGGCAACGGGCCACUAUUCGAUAUCCACGACACGUUUAUGAAUAGUGUCAAAGAAGCAGACUUUAUUCGCAACGGCACAGCGAAAGGCAUAAUGUCCAUGUCCAAAGCCUCCUCGACCGCCCUCUGGAACAGCAUCUGCGACAACGACCUCUCCACCUUUACCAAAAUCCAAUCCCAGCUGCUCAACCCCGCCACGCCGUUAAAACACAUACCCUUGCGGAUCUACAUCCCCUCCACACCCACCGAAUCUUCUACUCUCGGCGCGUUCAAGAUCGUGCAAACGCUGGUACCGCCGGCGAUGGGGAAUAGGGAGACGCAGACGCUGGGCUCGGCGCUGAAUGCUGUGCUGCCGAGUCUGUUUCCGAGUCGGAGGGAUGUCAUACUUGCGGAGCCGGUAUUGCAUGGGGCGCCGGUGCCGAUGCGGGCGCCGGUAGAAGAACUGAUGAGGGACGCGGCUUAUGCGGAUGGCUGGGUGCAUUUGUGUGUUGUUAUGGUUGAUGUUUAA